AUGGCCAAGAAGAAGCAGCAACAGCAAGUUGAGAACCAUGUCUCCGGUCAAGCCAACAAGCCUUUAUCUCGCCCGGCACAUGCUCUACAUCACCCUACAGUCGUGGAAGAAAUCAAAGCUGAUGUACAAGACGGACUCACCACUUCAGAGGCCAAAUCUCGCCUGGACGAGUAUGGCCGGAACGCAUUUGGCGACUCUGGCGGUGUGCAGCCGGCGAAGAUCCUGCUACGCCAAGUGCUCAUCAUGGCGAUGGCCGUUAGCUUUGGCAUCGAAUCUUGGAUUGAAGGCGGUGUUGUUACUGCGGUCAUUGUGCUCAACAUCGUUGUGGGGUUUUGGCAAGAAUUCAACGCCGAGAAAACUAUGGAUUCAUUGAGAUCCCUCAGUUCCCCAACAGCCAGCGCUGUGAGAGAUGGGAGAACCAUCAGCAUUCCCACGGCAGAAAUUGUCCCAGGUGAUAUGGUUGAAAUGAGGACUGGUGACACGGUUCCUGCAGACGUCCGGCUUGUGGAGGCUGUCAAUUUCGAGACUGACGAGGCUCUUCUUACUGGGGAAUCACUUCCUGUCCGCAAAGAUGCCGACGCUACAUUUGAUGAUGACACCGGUCCCGGCGAUCGGCUGAACGUAGCCUACAGCUCCUCCACAGUCACCAAAGGCCGAGCCAGGGGUAUUGUCUUUGCCACGGGAAUGCACACUGAAAUUGGUUCCAUUGCGUCUGCUCUAAAUGCGAAGAGCUCCAGGCGACGACGCGUCAAGCGAGACCCGGAAGGCCAUGCUAAACCCCAUCGUUACCUCGAAGCAUGGACCCUUUCAACCAGUGACGCAGUCGGACGAUUCCUUGGGGUCAACGUUGGCACGCCCUUGCAGAAGAAGCUUUCCAGGCUCGCAAUCUUACUUUUCGGCAUUGCCGUGGUCUGCGCGAUCAUUGUGCUUGCAGCGAAUAGCUUCUCCAGCAAUAAAGAAGUUAUCAUCUAUGCUGUCGCAACCGGUCUCAGUAUGAUUCCAGCAUCUCUCAUCGUUGUCCUGACCAUCACUAUGGCCGCUGGCACGAAACGGAUGGUUGAGAGACACGUCAUUGUCCGGAAUCUCAAGUCAUUGGAAGCGCUAGGAGCCGUAACCGACAUUUGCUCUGAUAAAACCGGUACUCUCACACAAGGUAAAAUGGUUGCAAAGAAAGCCUGGGUUCCGGCAAAGGGGACCUACUCUGUAGGCACUUCGAAUGAGCCCUUCAAUCCUACAAUGGGAGAACUCAGUUUUGAUCCACUCCCUCCUAGCAAGAUUGAUUUCAGGAAAGCGGAAGCAGAAGGCCAUGCUGUCACGUAUACUGAAUUACUUGAAAACAAUAGGUUUCUUGAGGAUUAUCUAAACGUUGCAUCACUGGCAAACCUCGCCCACGUUUACGAAAAUCAGAAUGGAGAUUGGAACGCCAGAGGCGAUCCCACCGAGAUAUCCAUGCAAGUCUUCGCCUCUCGGUUUGAUUGGAAUCGCACUCGGCUCACAUCGGGCGACGAUGCACCAUGGAAGCAGAUCGCUGAGUUUCCGUUUGAUUCCGAUGUCAAAAAGAUGUCGGUCAUCUUCAAAGAGAAGCGGACAGAUGAACGACACGUAUUUACCAAAGGUGCUGUUGAAAGGGUAAUUACUUCAUGCACCUCAAUCUACUUGAAUGAGGGAGAUGAGCCAACAGAGGUGACGGAAGACAUCCGUAACGAGGUUCUGCAGAGCAUGGAGUCGCUGGCUGCUCUUGGCCUUCGAGUUCUUGCCUUGGCCAGUCGCACUUACUCUGGUCAGAUCGACGAUGUGAAUGAGAUCAACCGUCAAGAAGUGGAAAACGACCUCACUUUCAGAGGGUUGAUUGGCCUCUAUGAUCCACCUCGCCCUGAAUCUGCAUCUUCUGUUCGGGCUUGUCACGAAGCUGGUAUUUCCGUACACAUGUUAACAGGAGAUCACCCCGGAACCGCUCGCGCUAUUGCUGCUGAAGUGGAAAUACUUCCAUCUCGGAUGGAUCGAAUUAGCAAAGACGUUGCUGAUUCGAUGGUGAUGACAGCAAGCCAGUUCGACAAGAUGUCUGAUGAUGACAUUGACGCGCUCCCUGUCCUUCCUCUGGUGAUUGCUCGCUGUGCUCCAAAUACCAAGGUCCGAAUGAUAGAAGCUCUACACCGCAGGAAGCUGUUCGCAGCGAUGACUGGCGACGGUGUCAACGAUUCUCCCUCGCUGAAGCGCGCUGAUGUCGGCAUAGCGAUGGGCCAAGCAGGCUCUGAUGUUGCCAAAGAUGCAUCUGACAUUGUUCUAACGGACGACAACUUUGCGUCAAUUCUCAAUGCCAUUGAAGAGGGUCGGCGAAUGUUUGACAACAUCCAGAAAUUCAUCUUACAUCUCCUUGCUGAGAAUAUUGCUCAGGCUUGUACGCUACUCAUUGGUCUAGCUUUUAAGGAUGUGCGCGGACUAUCUGUCUUUCCAUUGGCACCCGUGGAGAUUAUGUGGGUCAUUAUGAUUACCUCGGGCAUGCCAGAUAUGGGACUCGGCUUUGAAGUAGCUGUCCCAGGUAUCUUGCAGCGACCUCCCCAAAAUCUCACACGUGGUGUUUUCACCCUCGAGGUCCUGGUCGAUAUGGUUGUAUACGGUCUUUGGGUCGCAACGCUCUGCCUAGCCUCCUUCAGCCUUGUGCUUUACGGAUUUGGUGACGGCAAUCUGGGUGAGAACUGUAAUGCUACCUAUUCCGAAGCUUGUGAUACGGUUUUCCGUGCUCGCGCUACCUGCUUCGCCUGUCUGACUUGGUUUGCGCUCUUCCUCGCCUGGGAGAUGAUCGAUAUGCGUCGCAGCUUUUUCCGUAUGCAGCCAGGGAGCAAAAGAUACUUUACCCAGUGGAUGCACGACGUCUGGCGUAAUCGCUUCUUAUUCUGGGCUAUCAUUGCCGGCUUUGUUACCAUCUUUCCUACCUUGUAUAUCCCUGUCAUCAACCAUGAUGUCUUCAAACAUACCGGGAUCAGCUGGGAAUGGGGGAUUGUCUUCAUCUCUACGUUUCUCUUCUUCUUGGGCGUUGAGUCAUGGAAGUGGGCCAAGAGGAUUUACUUUAGAAAGACGGCAAAGAAAGCUGGUAAUAACACCCAGGAUCUGGAGGCCAGGACUUUUGGUCACUACAUGAGUGAAAGUCCUUCCACCAGUGGAAGUGACCAGGACAAGGCGGGCCAGAUGAAGGAAAAGAGUGGCCAAUGA